AAAGUCAGUCAGUCGUGGACAGGUCUUUGUGUGAGCUAGGCCUGGCCUGUAGAUCGACUUGCAGUUACUUUUUCGGGCGGAAAUACGUAACCAUGGGCUCUGGAAACCUCGAGGUGCCUUACCCGGCACGCGUGGCUGGGAGGGACAGGCUGGGGAUAAUCGCAGCGCUGUUGGUAGCCGUUUUGAUCGUUUUCGUGUGUUUCGUCACCAUGUUUGUACUGGUGAAGCAGGGGGUGGAACUUGGAGAAAUGAAGUCACAAAUGGCUCAGCUCAACGAAAUGAAAGCCCAGCUGUCGCACCUGAGGAACAUGGAAGCCCAACUAGUGCAGGAGUUGAGACAGUGGAAAGAACACCUGGACAUGCAGGUCAGUCCUCAGGGCCCAAGUGUCCAUGAGCAGCAGAACGGAGCGGGGCGGGGCAAGAGCGCCACCUUUCUGUACGGAGCUGAAGUGCAUCGCCGAGCUAAGUCCAACAUCGGGAAUUUUGCGAACAAGAUUACACUGGCCACGACUCUUGGGGAUUGCGCGGCAUACCAUGCUGCAGGACACACUACCAGUGGAGUCUACACCCUGGACUUGUCAUCCACCAGUGUGGAGGCGUACUGUGACAUGGAGAACCAAGGAGGCGGGUGGACUGUGAUCCAGCGGCGGCAGGACGGGUCGGUUCCCUUCAACCGGACCUGGGAGGAGUACAAACUGGGCUUUGGGAACCUGAGCGGGGAGUACUGGCUGGGGAACGAGAACAUCCACCUCCUGACCAAACGGAAAAAUUACAAAUUAAGAGUCGUCCUCGAGGACUUUAGUGGCGCCACGAGGUUUGCAGAAUACAGCACGUUUAGGUGAGAAAAUGGAAAUGUCAUCAUUAUUUGCAUAUUCAAGA